GACGCGGGGCGCUACUCCUGCCGAGCGGAGAACAGGCUGGGCCUCCGGAGCCGCACCCUGAGCCUCUCUGUGCGCUAUCCCCCGGAGAACCUGACGGUGACCGUCUCCCGAGCUAAUGGGACAGUCCUGGAGACGCUGGGGAACGGAGCGUCCCUCCCGGUCCUGGAGGGCCAGAGCCUGCGCCUGCUCUGUGUCACCCACAGCAACCCUCCAGCCUCGCUGAGCUGGGCCCGGGGGCCACAGACCCUGAGCCCCUCCCAGCCCUCAGACCCCGGGGUCCUGGAGCUGCCUGGGGUACGAACGGAGCACGAAGGCGAAUUCAUUUGCCGCGCUCAGAACCCGCUGGGCGCCCUCAGCGUCUCGCUGAGCCUCUCUGUGCACUACCCCCCGCAGCUGCUGGGACCCUCCUGCUCCUGGGAGGACCAGGGUCUGCACUGCAGCUGCUCCUCCAGGGCCCAGCCGGCCCCCUCCCUGCGCUGGCGGCUGGGGGCGGGGCUGCUGGAGGGGAACCAUGGCAACGCGUCCCACGUGGUCACCUCCAGCUCAGAGGGGCCCUGGACCAACAGCUCCCUGAGCCUCCGCGUGGGGCUCAGCCCUGACCUCAGACUCAGCUGCGAGGCCUGGAAUGUGCACGGGGCCCAGAGCGCCUCUGUCCUGCUGCUGCCAGAUCAGGGCCUGCUGGGGGGCCCUGGAGCUCUGGGCACUGGCGUCACCAUCCUCCUCGCCCUCGGCCUCUGCCUCUGCCUCAUCCUGGCCGAGGCAGCUCCGGAGACGGAGACUCCGGCGAGGACAGAGUCGUGGAGGCCCAGGCUCACCCGGCGGAGCACGAUCCUGGAUUACAUCAACGUGGUCCCCAACGCCCGCGGCCUGGCUCGGAGUCCAAAGGCCAAGCCCAGCAGCCCUUCCAGGGCCCCUCCUGCAGGUGCCAACUCCCCAGGAUGGAACAUGUCCCCUCCAGCCCCAGAAUCAAGGAACAGCCAACAGGAGAUCCAUUACGCUGCCCUCAGCUUCCCAGGCCUCCGGCCGCAGGAGGCCCAGCAGGCCAAGGACACCAACUCGGAAUAUGCAGAAAUCAGGUUCCACUGA